GAGCGGACAACUUUGCGGGAAGUUUAAAGACGGCUAGAGAGUCCUUCGCGAUCCGAUAAAAGAGCUGAGGUCCGUGUUGGUAGUGUGCCCACCAGACAUUUAUACAGCCAACUUCUACAGAUCAACGUUCUAGAAAUGACGAAGACAGGAAAACCAGAUGAAUACUGGGCAGGUGUCUUAUCCCUGUAUGCCCAAGGCAAAUACCGGUUUUCAACAGGCAAGAAGCCAGGGGCCAAGAGGUGGAAAGCUGUCAUUCAGCGCAUUGACGCUUGUCCAUUAACUCCUGUUUUCAACCAGAGAGUCCGUGAAUAUGACAUCUUUGGUAAAAGAAUUCCUUGCAGGUGUGGAUAUCAUAGGAGGAGAGUUGUGACCUGUGUGGGAAAAAGGUCAGUGGUGCAAUUGGGCUGCUUCUCCACAUUGAAGAAGGCCAUCUUGUGGAAAGCAGUGUGUGUAAUGCUUCACAAGAGCAACUACCACUAUCACCAGUACAACAUUCACAACAUCCACUGCCACCACAACCACAACGUCCAUCACUGCCACCACAACCACAACGUCCAUCACUGCAGCCACUACAGCCGGCCCCACCAACGCCACUACAGCCGGCCCCACCAACGCCACAACAGCCGCCUCCACCAACCCCACUACAGCCGCCUCCACCAACCCCACUACAGCCGCCCCCACCAACGCCACUACAGCCGCCCCCACCAACGCCACUACAGCCACCCCCGCCAACGUCACUACAGCCGCCUCCACCAACCCCACUACAGCCGCCUCCACCAACCCCACUACAGCCGCCCCCACCAACGCCACUACAGCCGCCCCCACCAACGCCACUACAGCCACCCCCGCCAACGUCACUACAGCCGCCCCCACCAACGCCACUACAGCCACGACAGCUGCCAUCAAAAUUGGCUCAACAUAUUCCUCUCCCUUCUCCUCCCCCUGCCACAUGGUCAUAUUUGAGGCCACCUGAAGUUAACUGGGUGAGUUUUCUCCCCAGCCAUUUCUUGCGGGUCAUCAAACCAGCUGACCGGGAGUGGAUUGCCCAGUGCCUGUAUGAGCCCACUGGACAGUUGAGGCAACAGUUCACCCAGAACUGGUUCAACCCACCCAAUCCACCAAAGCUGACAGCUGCAGCACCUGAUCCAGGGAAGUACUUUAUGCAGCGAAUGUUUCUGUGGGCACCCAUGCGCAUGUGGGGCAUUCCUCUCAAGUGCCAUCAGUGCAACGCAAAAAUGCACCACUCGGGGAUUUACACCAAAGUAAGGGAGGUAAUUGAUGUUGACUCAAGAUAUUACUUGGUUGGUGGUGACUAUCCCAGAUGCAGUAGAUGUGUGAUCCCUGUUUGUCCCUGGAGUUCAGAGGUAUUAAGCCAGUUAGACCCUGCACACAGAAACAAGUUUCCUGCAGUUUUAACAACACAACUUGCCCUGGACAGGAAGUGUGUGACUCUGCUUAAGCCUCGAACUCUGGGAAACAGCUCCAGCUACCUCCAGCAGGCAUUAGAGGAAGCAC